AUGCCGAUAACAGAAGCUGACAGAGACAAAGCAGAACGUUUAUUCUAUAUGGCUCAGGAGGCAAUGAGGAACGAUGACUUGGAAAAGGCAGAAGAAUACUUAUUAGAAGCCAAUGAAUUAUGUCCAACGGAAUAUGUUACAGGUAGCAUUGCGAUAAUACGUGAACGUCGUACAAGUGUCGUUCCUAGUAAUGCUGAACCUCCCGAAUAUACCACCGAAGACUUGGAAGCUGUUAAUAGAAUAAACAAUAGCAAUGAUUUUUAUGAAAUUUUAGGCGUUACCAAGACAGCAACGGACGCCGAAAUUAAGGAUGCCUAUAAGAGAUUGGCUUUACAAGUGCAUACAGAUAAAAAUCGUGCCCCUGGCUCUCUUCAAGCUUUUCAGUUAUUGCGCAAUGCUGCUGAUAUUCUAGGCGAUCCCGAAAAACGUAAACUAUACGAUGCACGGAGAAAGAAAGAAGAAGAAGAAGCUACUGUGAAUUCCACGGCACGGAGAAAGAAAGAAGAAAACGAAGCUACUGUGAAUUUCACGAAGCAGCAUCAAGUUGAAAAAUCAGAUAAUAGUCUUAUUUCAAAUCCUUGGGUUUGGAUUGGCGGUACGAUUGCUUUCUUAUCGGUCGGUUAUCUAUUGGCGCGUUCAUUCGAUUCGAAACCAGCCGAAGGAGAUCGUUCUAACCGGUCUGGAGCAGGAAGUAACAUGAGAAACGGCACUACUUCAUGUAAUGCAACAAAAAAAUAA